AUGAACUCUCGCGAGCAGUCUGACAUGCCUCCGGCACCCUCUUACCCGUCCCCUAACGGUGCGCAGAUGGCCCAGGGCGUGCCCUCGUAUUAUGGCAACCGCCAAAUGACCACCGACGAACUGCUGUCCGCGGAACUUUCCCGCGAUGCCUCUGGUCCAGGCCUUGGCGAAACAAACAACGGGGUUCAUCAUGGCCAGUCUAUGGUGUUGGGUUCCUCCAAUGCUGCUGACAUGGGUCGAACCUCUUCGGAGGAUCAACACCAGCACCAACACAUGCUACAGUUCCCUCCAAGUCAACAGGUUGGUGUCGACCCGAACCACGACCUGAGCUAUGGCGAACAAAGUGCGCGCAAACGAUCAAAGAUCUCAAGGGCUUGCGACGAGUGCCGGCGAAAGAAAGUUCGAUGCGAUGCGAGCUCGGAGACCGGCCUUGAAACAUGCUCCAACUGUAGACGCCUCGGCGUUGUGUGCCAGUUCAGUCGCGUCCCGAUGAAACGCGGCCCCAGUAAAGGUUACAUAAAAGAGCUCGCCGAGCGACUCCAUACUCUCGAGAACCAGAUGCAACCAGGGAUCGUUCAGCCUGACGUGCCAUACCAAUCCAUGAACGAGGUGUCGCUACCGAGAGGGUACCAGGAUUUCGCAUCGCCGGUGGAAUCGACCUCGGGCAAUCGCAAGAGGACUUACUCGGUUUUCGAAGGCCUCCCCAGUUCCUCGUUUGCACAACCUUCUUUCAACGCCCGUGUAUCGCAGAAUGCCUUUGACGCCUCCGAGACAGCGGCAGACCCGUAUAACCCAGCCGUUGCCAACGGUAGCGCACCGAAACCUGGCAAUCUGUUCUGGAACCCGACGGGCCAUGAGAAUGAUCUCCCAAGCGGCCUUGAGAUGCCGGAUUUGCCCAAGCAUGAAGGUGAUGACGACAUGACACCAGUGACUCUGGAUGAAGGAGCUCUUGAUGCUUAUUAUCAGAAGAUCCACACCCUUCUGCCGAUUCUUCCCCACACCAAGGAACGAACAUUGGAGCUUUUGCACCAAUGCAAUCGCGAGGCACAAGAAAUUUUCUGCCAUGCGUUGUACAGCGAUCUCCUCAUGUUCCACACCCGCCAGCCAUUGAUUGUCCACUCGGCCCCUGUCAACCUUAUCUGGCUCCAGUCUCUUUUGAUGAUGAUUAUCGACUGUGACACUCGUGGACCAGAUAAUUUCGUUCUGAAAGACGGUGUCCCCAAGGGCAGCCUGGUCCAAGCGGCCAACAAGCUCGGAUAUGACUUGGCCAAGAGCCAAGGCCAACUAAAGAACAAGCGACCUGUGGAUCCUGAUGUCGACUCGGAUGCCAAUCUCACCCGGCGCAACUGGGUGUCUUUGGUCAUCUUGGCUCGGUGGUACGCUAUUAGUGUGGCAGAUGCCACCGUUCUAGGCGGCCAUGAGAUUGGCGGCCGUGAAGAUGAAAGGGUUGUUGGUCAAAUCACGACCGGAAUUGCCUCUUACUCGACAUUCCUCUCGGAGAUGGUCACUCUGGCUAAUGUCGACCACAAUGUCUGCCAGACUAACUCCGGCCUGGGUCGUAUCAUCGGCGCGAACCUAGUCUCGUCCCUAGAGCGUCUCGCGGAGAUGGAGGACAUAUUCCAGAUUCACGAGCUACCGGAGAACUCUACUACUCGCCCACUUUACGAAAGCCUCCAAGCACAACUCUACUGGACCGUUCGUUUGCUUAUAAAGCGCCAUGUCUUCGUGUAUAGCCCGUACGAGAUCAUUUUCUGCGCGCAGGAGGUAAUCAACGAGAUGCACAAGUCAACCAUGCAAUCCCGCCUCCCAUCACCCUUCGAUCUACACAGUCUAGCCCUCGCCUCAAUGACUCUUCUUGAGGCGACCGUUCUCCCAGAACACGCAAAUGAAUGCUGGACCACCCUCGAAAAAGUCGAAGAGAUCCUCGACCGCCGCUACAAGCGCGCAGCAGAGGGUUCCGAGUUCGACAAUAUCUUCGGCACCCCGGAAUGGGACGCCAAGAUCCGCAUCUUCCUUGAGUGGCGCCGUAUCAAGUCUCAGGAGAGCCAGCUACAGGAAGCUGAGAUUGGCAGUCUCGCCAAGUCCCAGCAGCCUAUGAUGGGUCCCAACGAGCAGCGUUCUCUCCAGCAUCUUGCUGAUCUUGCUGUUGGAGCUGAGGGCUCUGUUGGUCAGAAUGCGCCGUCUACAUCCCCGCCCGGUCUUUCUAAUGAUCAGGGUGAAAACGAUCAGAAUCUUGCUCCUCAGUUGACCCAGUCGAACGGCGGGUCGGGUCGGGUUGUUGUUGACUUCACUAUGCUCACUAAGGAGGGCUAUCUGAACGUCUUCUCUGGGUUGAUCUACCGUCGCACACGUUGA